AGGAAGUAUUUACAGGCAGGGGGACAGGACGGGGGAGGUUGGCGGACUUCAGAAAUAAGGGACUUCCUAUUCCCAGCAGUCCAUUACCCUGGAGCCUGUUGUCUGCUCCUUGGGGCUGGGGGAGCAUCUAGUAGCCAAAGUGCCUGAACCCCUGCUUCCAAUGAUCCCUCCCCCGCCCUUGCCAGAGAGCAUAAGGGAAUAAAAUACACCUCUGUGCUGCCAGUGGGAGAGGAACGCUGAUGUGAGGAUCCCAAGAUUCAGCCCCCUCCGCUUUUUCUGUGUCUCUUCCUCCUCUCUCUGUUUCUGCUCUGUGCCCUCAGCAGAUCUUGCUCCCGUUUUUUAUUGUCUCUGUCUCAUCUCUCUACCUUCACCUCCCUCAUCUUUGUCUUCACUAUUCUACUUCUUCUCUUCCUUUUCCCUUCCUCACUUCCCUCGUCUUAAAAUCGUUAUGAGGAUAGGCUCAGUGCUUUGUGCAAGUGAAAGGGUGUCGAGGGGGACCGAACACAUCCCAUGAUACCAGUGAGUGGUGAAUUGGGAUUUAUGAACAGGGGGAACUGUGGGAGCCAGUGUACAGUGUCCAUGAAGGGAAUUCUUUCCCAUUCUUCUCAGAGCAGGAGAUAAGAGAUGUCAGGGAAGGCUGCUUCCAGUGUAGCUGCCUAAACACAUUGUUUGUAGUCAGGGUAUCUGCUUCAUGAGCCUGGAUUCUGUGGGACUGAUACUUCUCUCACUUAGGCCAGUGUAAAUCCAGGGCAACUCAGAUUAAAUCACUGGAAUGACACUGGUGUAAAUUAGAACAGAAUCAGGCUUUUGCCCUCUUUCUCUGAGGGUCUGGGCUACUGGAGGAAAUAUGUGGGGAAUGAAAGGGAGAGAGUGCAGGACAGUCACAGAUGCAGAUCAGGACUGAGGUUUGGUGCCAGAGCUCUGAGUCUAUAGGAAUAGCAAGGGGAGGCAUAGGUCAGAAAUGAAAUGCUUUGGCAGAGCAGUGAAGAGAGGGAGAGCCCAGGACUGGAACAGCAGAGGGUGCUGUAUGUCUGGAUUCUCAUUCUGUUCCAGCAGGUGAUGGGAACAUGAAUGAAAAUGAGGAGGAGGAUCCUCAGCAGGAAGGUCCCAAGCCAGUGGAAGCCCCUGGGACAUUAUCAGACUUUUUCAUAAGGGAAGCUUUUCCGAGUUCUGACCAGAACAAAGCCUGUGAGAGGCAGGAGAUACAUUCUCCAGAGGAGAGACAGGAAAAAGCUAUUCGUUGUGAAAGAGGCUUCAGGAAACGCAAAGACACUAUCGUUCACCAGAAAACUCUCCUGGGCGAGAAGCCUUACAUUUGUAUUGAAUGUGGGCAGAGCUUCAACCGGAGCUCGGACCUUAUCCGCCAUCAGCGGAUCCACACUGGUGAGAAACCCUAUGUGUGCACCGAGUGCGGGAAAAGCUUCAGCCGGCGCUCGCACCUUAUCCAGCACCAGAGAAUCCACACGGGGGAGAGACCCUACCAAUGCAAAGACUGUGGGAAGAGCUUCAGCCAGAGCACGCAUCUCGUGCAGCACCAAAGGAACCACACCGGAGAGAGGCCCUAUGUGUGUGCAAAAUGUGGGAGGAACUUCUACCAGAACUCAGGGCUCAUCAGACAUGCCAACUUCCACACGGGUGAGAAGCCCUACAAAUGCCCUGAGUGUGGGAAAUGCUUCAGUGACAGCUCCAACCUCAUCGCGCACCAGCGGCUGCACACAGGGGAGAAGCCCUACAAGUGCACGGACUGUGACAAAUGUUUCAGUGAGAGCUCUAAGCUGAUCAUCCACCGCCGGACCCACACAGGAGAGAAGCCCUACAUGUGUCCUGAGUGCGGAAAGAGCUUCAGCCAGAGAUCUCACCUUGUCCAGCACCGCAGGACGCACACAGGAGAGAAACCCUACAAGUGCUCCGAGUGUGGGACGAGCUUCAGCGACAACUCCACCCUGAUCCGGCACCGCAGGACGCACACUGGGGAGAAGCCCUUCAAAUGUGCGCAGUGUGGGAAGAGCUUCAGCCGCAACUCGUACUUAGUGUCGCAUCAGAGAGUGCACGUAUGGUAGGGAGCAGCAGUGGCUCGGUCCCUGGGCAAGUAUGGUGCCAUGAAGGCACAUGAAACAUCUGCAGCAAUUGGGAGUGUGGGUGACUAAAUCAAAGAGGAGGGUGGAACACAUUCCUGGGAUGACAGGCAAUGUUUGGGGUCACAGAGUGGUGGGAGCCAAGGAGCAGUGUGCUGGGACAUGGAUCAGUCUGGAAUCUCAGACCUGGCAGGUGAUGAAAUGACAGGGUCAAUUUUCCUGUUUGUUUUGGUUUGUUCCUUUUUAAAUUAUUUUAUUUUGAAGUGAAGGUAAAAAUGCCAAGCGGUAAUUUGGCUCUGGGUCACAUCUGCAGCUUAUAAGAUUGUGGCACACAACUUGCAGCCUACUGGUGACACCUCAGUUUUGCACAAUUUAAGUUCUCCUCUCUGUACCUAUAUUAAGUUUGUAGCCCUUACAGUUGUGAAGAAUGACUUCAGAAUGUGACCCAACAUAGUGCUAAUAACUGCCUGCAUCUGCAGGCAAAUAAGCGGGAAACCACUCCAAGAGAUGCCCUGCUCCUCUGUUUAGGGUGCUAACAUUGAAGACUCACCAUGAAACAUUUAAAUUGUAAUAUAUUUGACCGUUUUACUGCUAGUUAUUUUAGCAAAAGUAUCAAGCUGAUGUGUUUAUCCAGUGUGGCUGGAUAUCCUAGAAAUUAGGAAUAGAGAAGACGUAUUAGUUCUGUGAUGUGCUUAUUAUUUCUGUAAUUGGCUCCAUGGCUUCACAAUAUCUCCAGAAGGGUGGAGUACUGGCGAGAGCCAAUGGAGGGUCUGGGGGGCAGGAGAAUAAAGAACUCCUGUGUGUGCUAAAGCUACGGAGCAGAUCCAGGAGUCUGAGCAGUUGCUGGCCAAGAAAGCUUGUGAAAGGCUCAUUCUGUAGCUAGCUCGGCAAAACUUGCCACUCUCUAAGGGAUCAGAACUCUUUGGGAACUUGAAGCCACUUCUGGACUCUCAACAGAUGACAAAAUAUUAUUUAAAUGUAUUUUGAAAUAUUAAACUUUGACGGGAGCAGGGAACUUGCUUGCAACUCCUGGAGGAGCAGGGACCUUUGUUUCCCGCUGCUCGAGGAAGUGGAGGAACUUUGUGGAGUGGAUGCCUUUCUUUGAAGCUGCAGGGGAUCUAAGGCUUUUGCUUGCAACUGCAAGUAUUUUCCAUGGACAACUUCAGACCAAUGGGUUUUUGGUUUUGACUUCCCAACAAAUGCUCCAGAAAUCUGACAGAGAGUCAGACAGAUGCUGGAUGGAUCCAGAAAUUCCAGGACUCAUUUGCUCUACGUACUUUCAAAGGGCAUACAUGCUUUUCAAUUUGCAGACUCAAAGAUUAAGCCAAAGUUCAGCUAAAGUUGACUGACUUUUAAUGGUCUGAUCUUUUCACAUCCAAAUUUUAUGAAGGAAACAUACUGAACUUUGGUAAAUGCCUGCUGCAUGGCUGAUCUGGCAGAGCUCUAGAAUUCAGUGAUGGGGGCUGCAGUUUGGGGUAGUUCCAGUGAAUGGAACUUUUCUGUUAUGAAUCUGAAUAAAUCAAAACACUGCAGCCAAUUAUUGGACUUAAGCCAGCAACUCCUAAUGCUUGAGACCAACUCAAAGGAAAACCUGGCAUCGAGAAUUUGGUCUCAGAGAAGCAAUGGCACUUUCCUCACCGAAAACUCCUUCCCCUGCAGUCCUCCGAGCAUAUGUUGUCCUUCUAUGUUCUUUGUACGGUGCUGUGUACAUUUAACAGUGCUCUAUAAAUUAAAAAUAACUGUGUGCAUUUAUUUCUGAUUAAAAUCUUUAUGUAAACUUAUUUAAAAUUGUAUGCAGAUUCAGUGUAGUCUUAGGGCUCAGGGCCCAUUGCCAGAGCUGCUAAGGUUGUUCACCACUCUUAUGAAGACACUGUAAUCAGUGUCUUUCGAAUUUCCUUUGUGCCCCAUACUAGAUUUAUUUCCCCUGUUCACUGCCACACAGCUGAAAUCAUUAGCUUCCCCACAUCCUGUCCUUCCCAUAGUGAUAUAGCUGUCGAAGGGUGAUCUGGGCACUGCCAUUUCUUUGCUCAUGUAGCGGUUACAGUAUAUGUUCCUCUUCCAGCAGGACUUUAAUCUCUACCGGGGGCACAGAGCCUCAUAAGCGGAAUGCAGGAGAGAGAGGUAUGUGUAAAUUUAAGAGGUCGCUGAGAGCUGGAAAGCCUGCUCCCAAACUGCUGGAUAUAUGGACUCUUGCGGACAGGAGUGAAGCCUGUCUCCUCCCUAGUAGCUUCUUUACAAUUUGUCUUCUCUCUCUGGAUCAUAUUUAGCUACUAUUGGAAAAACCUUGGUAAAUGGUAAAUUUUCUCAUUUAAACAGAAAUUCCAUGGAGAUUGUCUAAUGUUCUGGCCAUACACCAUCCCAGGUAUCGGUUCCUAUCAGGUGCCUAGGUCCUCCUGUCAGUUUAAUGGUGCUUUUUAGAAUACUCUAGCUUCCUAUUGUGCGACUGGUGCUUAGAAACCACAGUGAUACCAAGGCACCUUAGAAGUACCUAAAACAGAUUGAUUAAUGGAUUAAUAAUGUCUCUGAAAUAAAAUCUCUCUUUCCAAUA